AUGUCAGCUACCUCUGCAGAUGGCAAGCCCAUAGAUCCGAAGGAGAACCUUCGUCGCAUGGCAGCCGGUGAGCUGUAUUAUGCCUUUACGCCAGAUCUGAUUGCGGCCCGCAAGAGAGUUGAGGCCGCCUACAAGCGCUUCAACAAGGCCGAGGAUGCUACAAGACGAGAGCUGGCAGAGAUGUGGAACGACAUCACACAGGACAAGACGCCGCUGCCACCAAAAGCAGCCACAGAGGAGGAAGACGAGGAGCUCCUCCAGGACCAUGCGUGGGUAGAUCGACCCAUUGCCACAAUAGACUACGGGCACAACAUCAAGCUCGGCAAGAAUGUGUACAUCAACGCCAACAGCGCCUGGCUCGACACUUGCACCAUUACGAUUGGCGACCGGGUCCUGACCGGUCCAAACGUGCACUUUUACGCGGCCACGCAUCCCGUCGACUAUCGCGUGCGCAAUGGCACGCGCGGACCCGAGGCCGGCGGGCCCAUCACCGUCGGCGACGACUGCUGGAUCGGCGGCAACGUCACGAUCCUGGCGGGCGUCACCAUUGGCCGCGGCAGCGUCAUUGGCGCCGCGAGCGUCGUCACAAAGGACAUUCCGCCCGAGUCUGUGGCCGUGGGCAACCCGGCGCGCGUGAUUAAAAAGGUAGACACGUCUAAGCCUCCUCAAUACCAGUAA